CAUCUGUGCCCAGGGGCCCAGUGUAUUAUAAUGCGCCCAUGGUUACAACCAGUGCCAGUCUGCCAUAGUGGAUACAGAGGAUUUUAACUGGACACAGUAAGAGAGCUUUCCAAGUGAGUAGACAGCUCUCCAAGUUGUGCAGGUGUGUGGUGCUGCCUGUAGAGGACACUGUGUUACCCUGUGCACAGUGGGAUAAGCUGACUGUCUCUGUCUCCUCCCAUGCUUCUUCACUUCGAGGACCGACCGGCUCCAGUCUCCGGCUUCAGACAGCGUCUCAUCGCGUCUCUGAGAUGAACUUCUAACGUUAAUGUUAGGGAAAGUGAGACAACCGGAUAUUCCCGUGUUACAGAGGAACUCAUUUGCUAAAGUAAAGGCAGCGCAGCCUGAUUUGGGCCAGCCGAUGUGUCUCUGUAGCCCGGUGUGUUACCUGUCAUGGAUCUGCUUUUCAUAAUAACUUAGGCGUCCUAGAGGACUCUCUGAUUAUUAGGACAACAUUAGAGACAGAGCAGAAAUGGACGCAGUGAACGUGAGCCAGCUGUCCGACGAGGAGCUGCUGAUGCUGGGGAAGGAGGAUCUGAUUCGGAGGCUGAGGCGGCUGGAGAGCCGCAACAUGGACCUGAUGCUAGAGCACGGAAACAUGAUGAAGGACGUGAACCGGAGCCUGCAGGUCCAUCUCCACGAGAUCCGAAGUCUCAAAGAGGUCAACCAGAAACUGCAGGACGACAACCAGGAGCUCCGGGAGCUGUGCUGCUUUCUGGACGAUGACCGACAGAAGGGGAAGAAGGUGUCCCGGGAGUGGCAGCGGUUCGGCCGCUACACGGCCAGCGUCCUGUGGAAAGAUGUCGGUCUGUACCAGCAGAAGCUGACGGAGCUGGAGAGCAGUCAGGAGGCGCUGAGGACGGAGAAUUUGGAGCUGAAGGAAAUCGUCCUCAUGUUGGAUGAGGACAGGAGCGGAGCCGGCUCCCGGAGCUCCAUCGACAGCCAGUCCAGCCUUAGCAACCUCAACUGCUCGGUGCCGGUUCGGGACGUCGGGGAUGGUAGUAGUACAUCCAGCACUGGAAGCGCCGGUAGUCCUGAUCACCAUCACAGCCACUUACACAAAGCAUCCGAGGGAAAGAUAUCAUCUCUGAGGAGGUCUAUGGACGACCUGUCCGCCCCUCACUUCCAAAGAGGAGAUGGAAUCAGUGAUGCAUUAGCUGGCUACAUCAGACAGCUGGAGAACAAGAUGAGAGUACUGGAAGAAGAAAACCAACAGCUGCUGUCACAGAUGAAUGAAGGGGAAGGAAAUACACUGGGGAAGGGUUUGUCCCUUUAUCAUUCAGAAACUCAGCUCUCACAAUUCCAGGACAAUGUACACAGUGGUGCUGCUCAGACCCCCAGCAGUGAACCGUCCUCCACAGGGCUCUACCCCCCGCCAAAACAGAAACCAGAAGCUAUAGUCCACGCAAUGAAGGUGUUGGAGGUCCAUGAGAAGCUGGACAGGCAGCGCACACAGGAAUAUGAUGAAGAUCUUAACGAGAAAGAGAAGGCCAUUGUCAGAGAGAUGUGCAAUGUGGUUUGGAGAAAGCUGGGUGACGCUGCUGGAUCCAAGCCUUCCAUCCGACAGCAGCUUUCAGGCAACCACUUUAAAGGCCCUUUAUAGUUGUCAGCCACCAAGUGAAGCUACCAGUGGUCCCAACACCCCUACAAUACUACUUUGGACUGGAAGCUUUUCAGCACAGUGUUUUGUCUCUUGGCUGCAAAACUACAGCCUCCUUAGCUUGAACCAAAUUGAGUCAUAAUGGAUAUUCAGCUCAGUACCAGGACACACUUAAAUGGCAACACUGAAAGACUGGCAACUUGGGGUACAGACAUGGACUGUAUGGAGCCUUUAAAGCCUUCAGCUUCUUGGAGGCGGAAAAUCCAAAUGUGAGAAAUGUGACCGAGGUCUGGUUGUAACUCAAACGCAAGUGGCAGUCACCAUGGCUUAGUGUGAUAGGCUGAGACAUCGGCCAAUCAGACAAACACAACAGAAACUCUCCCUUUAAGCCUUAAUAUCUCCAAAAUGGCUCAAUAAUUUGCAAGAUGACAGCAUUGAUAUGGGAUAUAUAUAAAUUAGUGUAGGAAAAUGUUGCUCUGUGUUUGAAGAGAGAUGUUGGAUGUUUUCCAAAUUGACUUCAAAGUUUCAAGUGGUCACUGAACGCUCAAGGCAUGUCUUAGCUUCUCCACUUAGCUGUGGUGGCUCCUACAGAGAAAAAAAGCACCAAAUAGCAGUCCCUCCAGAAAAUCGCGAUCUUGCAAUCACAAUAAUUAACGCAAAUUCAACGAAAGUCCACAAUAUUUGCAGGGGCUUGCAAUUUCUCAAAAGUCCAGUGAUUUUUCCGUGUUUUUCUGCAUUUUCAGUCAUCAGACGCGUCAUCAAAUGCGCUAAUGACAUUGCAGUAUGGAGAAACGCUUUGUAUUGACAUAAGAAUUUGCACUGUUUAAAUGCUUACAAUAUGUG